AUGGCUGCACCAUUCAACGCAAGGAUAAUGGAUACACCUCUUCCAAAGGAGUUCAAGCUUCCGACUAUCAAAGCCUACGUAGGGACCUCAGACCCGCGUGCGCACAUGACAAGGUAUAAGGCGGCAAUGGUGAUGAUGGGGGCAGAAGAUGACAUUAUAUGCAGAGCAUUUUUGUCCACUUUGGAUUGGGCGGCUCAGGACUGGUUCAAUACAAUCCCAUAUGGCUUAAUUCAAAAUUUUGGAGAAUUAUCAAAAAGCUUUUUAAGUUACUUUUCUGACAAUAUACAAUGUAAGAGGCUUUUCUCUCACCUGUACGCAGUAAGGCAAGAUAAAGGGGAAAACUUAAAAGAUUUUCUGAACAAAUGGAAGAUGGAGGUCAGCAAUGUGCACGAUUUAGACUCUAAGGCGACGAUCUUCAUAUUUAUCCAGGCAUUGACGUCGGGAGAUUUUCACAGGCAGUUAAACGGCCACCAUCCACGCUCCUAUGAGGAACUAAUGAGGAUAGUUAAUCGUUAUGCUGAGAUAGAGGAGACUGAUAGAAAGAAGAAGGAUGAGGAAGAAGGCAGGAGGGGUGGGCAACCUAAUAAAGUUGGUCCGACCAACCAGGCACCACGCCCAAACCAAUCGUCCACAACAAAAGGGAGAGAUCACGAGAGGCCUCAUCUCGUACCACUACGACACUUGACACCGCUUACUCAUUCGGUUGGCCAUGAUACUAAUGAGUGUCACAUUUUAAAAGGACAAAUAGAGGAACUAGUGCAGAACGAAUAUUUUACUCAAUUUGUUAAGUAUCCACAGCAGCAGUAUCAACAGCAAGGCCAACCCGGAAAUGUAUGGCGAAAGGAAGAGGACCUUGAGCCGUCCGCUUCCAACACCAAGAAGAAAAGGUACGACCAGCAUAAUCUAUAG